AUGGUUGAAAUCCAAACUGUCUUCCAAGCAUCGCUGCUUCUGGUUGGCCUCUUUGGUUGCACUGUCGAAAGUGCUUGCCCUGACCCGUUCACCCUCAUUGGUGGAAGGUGUAUCUACGUCAAUGCAACAGAAGCGUCAUGGGAUGCAAGUGUCAUCGCAUGUGAUGCUCAUGGAGCUAACUUAGUUAUCGCUGAUAAUCAUGAAUUAUUUAAUCAGCUGGCUGCUCAUCUGGAAAAUAACUAUAAAGCUCAAAAGAACUUCUGGACGGCUGGUAGGAAGAAAAACAACUCCCAAGUUUUCGAAUGGAAAAUAUUCAGAACUGCUAAAUUUUUAGAUGAAAUUCUUCAGUACAAAAGUUUGGCAGAAAUGAAUAAUUGGCAUAGCGGUGAACCAAACAAUAAUGGUGGCAAUGAGGAUUCUUUGGAGAUCCAUAAUCAUAAAUCGGGAAAUUUUCAAUUCAAUGAUAUUAGUGGCGCAACUCUCCGUCAUUCAAUUUGUCAGUUCGAUGGUUGA